GUAGUAACAAUGUGGAAACAGAAACAUCCUGGUUCACUGCACCUAGAACAGAAAAACAGAAUACUCAAACGAUUGUGGAAUUUUUCGACAAACAGACUGAUUUGGAUCGCAUUCUAGGAACAUUUUUCCCAAAGAAGAUAACCACAAAAGACUCCG